AUGUAUGUCUUGCCAAACUGGUACUACCCUCCCAUUAAAGACACCAACUUUCACAAACCUUAUCUAUGCAACAUCACUUUAACUCCCAAUUCACACCCUCCAUUCUCUCUCACCAACCCUAAAAUGAAUCUCUUCCACCGUCCCUUAGCCACCACCUUAUGCAUCCUACUCGCAAUCUUCACACCCCACAGGGCCAACGGUGCCACUUGUCAACCCGACGAGGAAGCGGGUCUAUUGGGAUUCAAAUCGGGCAUCCGAUCCGACCCAUCCGGCAUCCUCAAGAACUGGAUACCGGGUACCGACUGCUGCAAGUGGAACGGAGUAGAAUGUCACUAUAACAGCACCCGGGUCCAGAGACUAUCUUUAUCGGGUCAACCCGAAGAAAACCCUAAAUCCGUUUUAUCCGGUACGAUCUCACCCUCCCUCUCAAAGCUCCAACUUCUUGAUGGACUCUACCUCUUCGACCUAAAAUACAUAUCGGGUCCUUUCCCAAAUUUCGUCUUCCAACUUCCCAACAUCCAAUUCAUCUAUUUAGAAAACAACAACCUUUCGGGUCGAAUACCCGAAAACAUUGGUAACCUCACCAAACUAUAUGCGCUCAGUUUAGUGGGAAAUCGCUUCACCGGAACCCUACCGAGUUCGAUCACCGAGUUGACUCAGCUCACUCAGCUCAAACUCGACAACAACUCACUCUCGGGAACACUCCCCAAGACCUUCAAGAAACUCGUUAACCUAAAUUACAUCUCCCUCGAAGGGAACCAGUUCGAAGGAACCAUACCUGAUUUUCCCUCCAACCUUCGGAGUCUCAAACUCUCUCGGAACAAAUUUUGUGGGAAUAUUCCUGCCUCGAUUUCAACGCUGGCGACGAAUUUGGGUUACUUGGAGCUAGGGCACAACUCGCUUUCCGGGAAAAUCCCCGAUUUCCUCGGAAAAUUCAAGGCGCUGGACACGCUGGACUUGUCGUGGAACAAAUUCUCGGGCACUGUGCCGGCGAGUUUUGCGAAUUUGACCAAGAUCUUCAAUCUAGAUCUCUCGAACAAUUUACUCGUGGACCCGUUUCCCGAGAUGAACGUGAAGGGGAUCGAAUCGUUGGACUUGUCGAACAACAGUUUUCACCUUGGGAAGAUUCCGAAGUGGGUGCUUUCUUCGCCGAUAAUAUUCUCCCUGAAGCUGGUGAACUGCGGGAUAAAGAUGAGGAUCGAGGAUUUCAAGCCUUCAGAGACUUACUUCUACGAUUUUAUCGAUCUCUCGGGAAACGAGAUAACGGGUAACGCGACAAGUUUGGUGAACAGCACCGGGUAUUUGGUGGGGUUUUGGGCUGCGAGGAACAAAUUGAGAUUUGAUUUGGGUGGGUUGAGGUUCGGGGAGAGGUUUAAGAUUUUGGAUUUGUCGUAUAAUUCCUUGUUUGGGAAAGUUCCAAACAGUGUUGUUGGGCUUCAGAAGUUGAACGUGAGUUAUAACCAUCUCUGUGGUCAGAUUCCCAAAAACACGUUUCCGGCAAGUGCUUUUGUCGGCAACGAUUGUCUCUGCGGUUCUCCUUUGAAACCUUGCAAAAAGAGCGUGAUUUGA